AUGGUUCAAACUAGGAGAGCGGUAAGUAAGAGUAAUACUCGAUUAACCAGACAACCUAGUGGAAAAGUAGCCACCAAAGGAGCUAAGGCUAGUACCACCACUACCAAAGUAAAUAACACCUCGAUAGAUGGUGGGAAUACUACUCUCAGCACUCCUAGUGGUAGGAUAGAUAAAACAACAACAACCCCCAUCAAAGUAAGGAAAAGAAGAAAUAGAAUAACAGAAACUGAAAUAUUGAAAAGCAGUAAUGAAGAAUUGAUCGAUAUAAUCAACGAUUUAACAAAUACCCAUCAAGAUGAAAUUUUCCAACAAUAUAAAACCACCAAUGAACAAAGAGUAGCCUCGCUUGAACAACAAAUUGAUGAUUUGAAGACUCAAUUACAACAAAAGGAUGAUCUCAUUGAUUCUUUACGUGAUAAUAACGUAUUGCCUAGUUCUAGGCCUAAUUCCACUUCAGAUAACCUUUAUAUAAGUCCUAUCAGAAAGAAUAAAAAGGUUCAAGAUGAAGUUAUUCAUGAAGAUGAAGUACAAAAAGAGUUUACUACUAUUGGAAUCGUCAUUGAAAUGUUUGAACUUUUAACUAGUAUAAAAAUAACUGAUUGUUCUGAAGAUGAUGAUAAAUUAUAUUUUGAUAUAUUACAAUCCUCAAUAAGUGAUAAAUAUGAAAAGUUAACUAUUGAAUAUAGAAUAAUAAUAAUGAAAAAACUAACUGUUAGUGAAGUUGAAUAUAUCCCAUUAUUUAUGACCCAUGAAAAUAACGAAAAGAUCAUUGAGAUAUUACCUGAUUAUUUAUGUGACAAGUUAACUUUCCCUCAUCAUAGUUUGAGUCAAUUUUGUUCCAAGAUCACCAGAGCUUUGAAUAGAGUCAAAAGGUGA